AGAAUCACCGCAGGACCAGUCCCAGAAUGUACCUGUGGAGUUUUUAUCUCAAAGAGGCGGAUUAACUUGUUGUGCAAGUUGCAAGCACUGGAAGCUUCUUCCUUCAAAGUACGACCACCUCAUCGCAUCCUCUCAAAAUGAGUUUGAAAUCCUCCGGUGUUGCAUUCAAGGACGAGAAACAUGCAGGAGUCUCCUUAUCGGCUAAGGAUGUUGACACUGGUGCUCAACUCGUUGCUGGGUUAACUUCAGCUCUUGAUCCCGAUGAGGCUUUGAGAAUAAGGAGGAAGAUCGAUAGACAUAUCAUGCCUUUGAUGUGUGUUCUUUACUGGAUCCAAUUCAUGGACAAGACAACCUUGAGUUAUGCGGCCAUCCUUGGAAUCCAACAAGCCACGCACCUGACCGCGAAUGAGUACAAUUGGCUUGGCACAGUGUUCUAUCUCGGCUAUCUUGUCUUCGAGUAUCCCCAAAACCUUGCCCUUCAGAGAUUCCCGGUCGGGAAGUGGAUGAGUAUCAAUAUCUUCGUUUGGGCAGUUGUACUUGCAUGUCAUGCAGCAUGCAAAAACUUUAUUGAGCUUGUUGUUGUGCGCUUGUUGCUAGGCGUAUGCGAAGGGUCGAUCACUGCUGGAUUCUUGAUUGUUAGCUCCAUGUUCUACACGCGGACGGAGCAGACACGGCGGGUUGGUUAUUGGUUCCUGAUGAAUGGCACUGCACAAAUCGUUUCUGGUUUCAUCAGCUUUGGUGCUUUACAUAUUAACACCAGAGGGUUUGAACCAUGGCAAUGGCUCAUGAUUAUGACCGGUAUAAUGACGUUGAUCCUUGCGCUCUUAUUCUGGUUCUUGUUCCCCGAUUCACCUACGAACGCCUGGUUUCUCACUCCCGAUGAGCGGGCCAAAGCCGUGAAGCGCAUCGAGGACAACCAAACAGGUGUAGAAAACAAACACUUCAAGAGGGAGCAGAUGAUUGAAGCCCUGACUGACCCCAAGUCAUGGCUCUUCGCCCUCUUCUCGGCUCUAGUCAAUGUGCCUAACUCAUUGACUAACCAGCAAUCACUCAUACUCGCUUCGUUCGGAUUCACCUAUCUACAGACGACUCUCUUGUCGUGUGUUCCUGGUAUGAUUGUGAUCUUGGCGAUAUUCAGUGGUGUUCGGCUUGCUACACGACGGCCCAAUUGCAGAGCAUAUGUUACGGUCAUGUACUUCAUCCCGGGGUGGUCGGGCAUCCUGCUGGUUAGCCUACUUCCUUGGUCGGAUCAGGUUGGACUUCUUUUCAGCCAGUUCCUGAGUGCGUGUGAUGCCCGUAAUGUGUUCUGUGCUCAUCGCUCCGCAGUGGGUGCCACUGUGCCAGUAUUUGUGCUGUCGUUGUCGUGGCUGAAUAACGUGACUGCUGGCCAUACGAAGAGGAUUGUUACGAACACCAUCAUGCUCUCGGCUUACUGCAUUGGCAACGUAGCUGGUCCCUUCAUGUGGAAGGCACAAUACAAGCCGCGUUACCACAUCCCGUGGGCUGUCAUUGGCGCAUGCUACAUCGUCUGUCCGAUACUUCUCCUUGUCAUCCGUGCCGUUCUCGCCCGAGAGAACCAAAUCCGCGACGCAGAGCCUUUUGGUGAUACCGAAGAGGAGUACAUUAUAGAGCGAAUAUCAGAGGAUGGAAGGCGUGUAGAAGUCAAGGUUGACAAGGGAUUCAUGGAUUUGACGGAUAGGCAGAACAGGGACUUCAGAUAUGUUUUGUAACAUUAAGCAUGCCUGAUUGUUAGUACUCCGAUUCGUAUUGCCAAAUGUCAAUUAUCGUGUUCAUUGAUAACGCAACCUAGCUAAUAGGUGG